GGAUUGACAAGAUCUGGGUCAAGUAGUACCGGUACCAUGGGCGACGCAGGCGAUGCGAAGGCGAAACGCUGGUUCCCGCUCGAGUCCAACCCGCAGGUCAUGAACGAGUACGCAAAGCGCAUGGGGCUUCCCGCAGACUCGGCCUUUGAGUUCUGCGACGUCUACAGCACGGAGGACUGGGCCCUCGACAUGGUCCUCCGCCCGGUCCUCGCUGUCAUCAUGCUUUUCCCGAUCAAGACGCAUACAGAAGCGUACGCCAAGGAGGAGCGGCAGCGCAUCGAAGCGUCGGGCCAGGUCGUGUCGCCCAACGUCUACUACAUGAAGCAGACCGUUGGCAACGCCUGUGGCACUGUUGGCAUCUUGCACGCGCUCGGCAACGUUGGCGACUAUGUGGCCUACCAACCGGGCAGCUUCCUGCAGACGUUCUUCGAGAAGACGCGAGCCAAGACGCCCGAGGAGAUUGCAGUCAUUCUCGAGGGCGACGAUGAGCUCGAAGAGACGCAUGCGUCGGCGGCCCAGGAAGGACAAUCCGAGCAACUGGAACACGUCGACGAUCCGAUCAACACGCACUUUGUGUGCUUUUGCACGGUGGACGACCACCUCUACGAGCUCGACGGGCGCAAGGCCUUUCCCAUCAACCACGGCCCGUCGUCGCGCGAGACGCUUCUCGAGGAUGCGUGUCGCGUGAUCCAGUCGUUCAUGCAGCGCGACGACGGCGAGGUGCGCUUCACGAUCGUCGCCCUGCGUCCAAGGCCCACGACUGAGCUGCACACGAGACACAUAUGAACGCCGCUGGUGGAAUAAUGAUACUGUAUAAGUGUCAAGACGACGAGGUUGGAUUUCGCGCCUAAUAAAUUACGAGCCG